UUAGAGAUUUUAUUAAACUCAAUUAAAGUUGUAGAAGUAGGAGCAUUCUGGGCAAAAAGGGAUUUUUAAAGACCAACAUAGAAGAACUCCGACCUUCGCAGAGCUCUGGUCGGACUAUUAAAGAAAAUCCUCUCAAGAAGGAUCGGACAGUCAACAACCCCACGGAUUAAGUCGAAAAUGAAAGAUAAAGAUAGGACUAUUCUCUGACUUGCAAGGAUUUUAAGUUGACCAAUAAGCACCGUGCUUCAUAUGUAGAGAUAGGAUCCGAAAAGCGUAAAUUACCCAACGCGAAAUGUAAGAAUACUUUCUAGAUUCGUUCAAUUUUAGCAGCAUGGCACGAAUAAUACGGAGACCAAAUGAAAGAUGCAUACUCCAGUUUGGAACGGACAAAUGCCGCAUACAAAAGCUUCAGCGUAUAAGGGUCGGAGAAAUCGGUGCUAUGAUGCCUAACAAAAUCAAGCAUGGGAUGUUCUCGAAAUGUAAUAAGAGGAGUCAGUAAUGGAAAAGAGUCGAGGGAGCUAGUAAUCGUCGAAUAAAUCUCGUCGUCUGCAUGAACCAGGAAUCUUGCUGACGAGAAGCAAAAGUGAAUACCAUUGAUAAACAGAACAAAAAGAAGCGGGUCCAGAAUACUACCUUGCGGAACCCUAGAGCAAGCAAACGAAAGGAAGAGACCUAACGUUGUCGACGACGACCAAACAAUGGCGAUUCUGCAAGUAAGAUGAUAUCCAACUUAAGAAGGCUAAGUGAAAGCCAAUGCAGGACAAUUUUUUGAUUAGUAUUAUAUGGGAAACCCGAUCAAAGGCCCUAGAGAAGUCGGUAUAAACGGUGUUAAUCUGGUGUCCUGGUUGGAAGGCAGCGUUACAAUCAUCCGGAAAUACGGUUAAAUUAGACACUGUUGAGUGGCCCGCAAAGAAGCCUUGCUGCUCCGGACGCACCAUGUUCUUGACAGCAAAAAGCAAUUUGUCCUGGAUGAUCAUACAAAAAGCUUUUUAGUGGCGGAAAGCUUUGAAAUAGGCCUUUAGUUAUUAAUAUCAUUUUUAUUACCACUCUUGAAAAUGAGUGAAAUAAAAGUCAAUUUCCAGACAUCAAUAAAAGUACCCGAUGUUAGUGAUUUGUUAAAGAUUAACAACAGAGGGUAUAGCAAAGAAUCACACUGAUUGAAUAACACCGCAGACAAACCAUUAACAUCAGUGUUUGGAGAAAAUUAAAGUCGAGUAAUGCCUCUAAAGACAUCUUCAGUGGACAAUACUAGCUUGCCGAAGUCAAUAGAUGGUUGUAUAUCGAAGAAAACAUUUUCCUCACUGUCAGAGGCCGAUGCAAAAUUGGACGUAAAUAACUCAGCGAAGAGAUUAGCGGUAUUGGUUGGAGUAUUAGAAACUUUGGCAUCGAAAAAAAGAGCGGACGGAAUAUUGGAAACAGAUUUCUUCGAAUUUACAAAAUUCCAAAACGCUUUGGGAUUAGAUUUUAAACAUUCUUCGAAUCUAAGAACGUAGUUUCUGUGUAAAAAUUUGUCCAAACAGACGAAUUUCUUAUCAUACUCUUUAUACGGAGCAAAGAAAUUUGAGUUUUUAUAUUUUUUGAACUUACUGAGAAAUUGGUUUCUCUUAUAUCGAAGUUUAAUCAACGCAGCAUUGCGGCAUUAUAUUUUUUUUUGUUACAGGAGGAAUUACACUUUUACAAACGUCAACCACAGUGGUUCUAAAAAUCUCGAAACCCUUAGAAACGUCAAUAUGUUGAAACCAGGAAUCCCAGUUAAUGUUCAGCAAAAGAUUGUUCAGUUUCAAAAAAUCGCAUAACUUAAAAUUAAACGAAAAAUUAGAAUUAAAAUAUCUUGUUUUAGCAUAAUCAUAAAAUUCAAAUUUAAGGUCUAGUGAUACAUGAUGCAUAUCUGUUUUAAUAAUAGGUACAGCACACUUAAGUAUAGAAAAAUUUACGCUUUUACUUAAAAAUAUCAAAUCUAAAGUGCGACCAAGUUUGUUGGGAAAAAACUAACUUGUACGAUAUCAAUAAUUAAAAAAAAAGGUUGUCUGUAAACGUGACAACGUCAUAAGAAAAUACUGAUGGAAUGGUUGCAAUUUUCAAAAGAAAAUUUUAAUUUUAUAUAUAUGUAAGAUGUUAGUUAUGUUACAAUUUAAGUGUCACCCUUAUGUCUGCACAGACAAUAACAGUCGGUAAAGGGGUGGUCGGCAAAGAAGUAUCUACAGCUGUAACAAUUGAAAAAGCAGAAACAAGUGAGAGCGCAGAACGUUGGUGAACAUCGGAGCUGGAGGUCGAAUUUUUGUUAAUCUUAUAUUUUUGCAUAUUAAUCGUAUAUAAUAAAAUAAAUAAUUACGUAUAAAUAAAAUAAAGAUUCAUUUGUCUUACAUGAGGGCUCAACCAUUGAACAAUAAAGCCGCUGAACAGUUAAAAAAGUAAGGUCGAAAAUGUCAACAUCCAGAAGGCGCAGAGCUGCCCAAGAAGCACCGUUGGAAAAUAAUGCAGAGCAGGCAGGGGAAAGUGCGGCAUCAGACAGCGAAAACGUACAGAUGGCGGAAGCGACCAACGAGUACAAACGUGAAGAGGGCAGUCACAUGGAGGGCGACGACAAGCAAAACAACAGCAGUAACGACGACAUUUUGAAAUUUUUAGCCGAAAGAAUUCUCCAGAAUGAUCGAAACAAUGGAUGCGGCGUCUCAGUUGAGAGCUUCGCAAAAAUCAUACCGUGUUUCGAUGGGGUAUCGAUUCCGAUUAGGCAGUGGCUGAAUAACUUUAAUGAAAAUUCGGAAGCAUAUGAGCUGAAUAGUAAGCAGAAAUAUGUAAAUGCACGCAAUAAAAUGAAAGGCGUGGCAGCUUUGUUCUUAGAAACAAUAACAGUUUCGAGCUAUGAUUCUCUUUGCGUAGCGUUGUUAAAUGAGUUUGAACAAAAACUAAGCAGCGCUGAAGUACAUAAACAGUUGGCAACGCGUAAAAAACUAAUUUCCGAAAAUUUCCAUGAGUAUGUUUUACAAAUGCGAAAAAUAGCAGCACUUGGCUGUUUUGAAGAAGAGUCGGUAAUUGCAUACAUAGCUGACGGUGUAGAUAUUCGCGAGGACAGGAAAUAUCCUCUUUACAGUGCAACAUCGUAUAAGGAAUUAAUAAAAGCGUACGAAUUAAUAAUGUCAUUAAAUAGAAAUUUAAUGCCAAAUAAACGUCGUUCUUCAGCCAAUACACAGGCGCAACACGAUGAAAACUUUAACAACGCCGAUCGUAAGCCGCUGCGCUGUUUUAAUUGUGGUUCAACACAACACAAAAGAGCCGAAUGUAGGGAAGAUACCAAGUGCUUCAGAUGCAAUGGCAGCGGCCAUACAUCCAAAGACUGUGUUGCUGUAAAACAAAGUGUUAAUGUUGUGAUAGAAAAGAUAGUUCAAAAGCGAAUUAAACAGAUGAAAAUCAACAACGAGAUAUUAUCCUGCUUGGUGGACACUGGAUCUGAUGUCUCUCUGAUGCGUAAAGGCGUUUUCGAUGCAAAAUAUAGUAGAUGUUCGUUGAAAAGAGUUUUACUAGGUUGUUCGGUUUGGGAAAUGUCGCAACAGUUGUUUUGGGUGAGUUUAACGCUGAAGUUAACGUCGACGGGCUGCAUACACAACACACGUUUCUUCUUGUUCCCGAUACGACGAUAAAUGUUAGUGUAAUUGUAGGCUACGAUUUUUUGAAAAAGUUCAGCGUGACCUUAAAUGCUGGUUGUUACACUUUUGCACAAGCGGGCGAGAAAAACGAUUACAAUGUUUACAACGUAGUCGAACAUAAUCCGGAAAUCAACGUAGAACCGAAGUACAGAGAAGCCGUAAAGAAGCUGAUAGACAACUAUAAGCCAUCGAACGUCCAGUCGAGCUGUCCCAUUAAGCUGAAAAUUGAACCAAACUGCAGCAAUAUCGCCUUCCGUCAAAGUCCAAGUCGUUUAUCAGCACCAGCACCUGGUUACAGCAGGGCAUAAUACGCGAGUCAUUUUCUGAGGUUGCUAGCAAAAUCGUGUUGGCUAAAAAGAAGGAUGGCUGUUACAGGCUGUGCGUAGAUUUUCGUAAGUUGAACACAUUGGUUCUAAAAGAUAGGUUUCCAGUAUCAGUCGUAGAAGAAGUCCUUGAAAAAAUGCAAAACGCCAAAUACUUUACCGUGAUGGACCUAAAAAAUGGGGUUUUCCACGUCGAAAUAGAUGAAAACAGUCGCAAAUACACGGCGUUCGUUACAAAGGAAGGGCUGUACGAAUUCAAUAGAGCGCCAUUUGGC